CGAAGUGCGGGGGCGUGGGAUGUGUCCCUUCAACCCCUACAGUCAAGCACCAUGGUCCGCAGGUCAGGUUACCGGGCGCUGCCCUGGGGGGACUUUGACCGUUUCCAGCAGUCAAGCUUCGGCUUCUUGGGCUCACCGAAAGACUACUUGUUCUCGGAGCCGGGCAGCGUGGGACCCGGGGCUGAUGCACCUCAGACCUGGCCCUCUUGCCUCUGCUGUGUCCUCAUUAGUUUCCUGGGGUUCUUGUUGUUGCCGAUUACAUUCCCCAUUUCUGGCUGGUUUGCCCUGAAGAUUGUGCCCACCUAUGAGCAGAUGAUCGUAUUUCGACUGGGCCGGAUCUGCACCCCUCAAGGGCCUGGCAUGGUUCUUCUCCUGCCCUUCGUUGACUCCUUUCAGAGGGUGGAUCUGAGGACACGAGCCUAUGUCCCUCCUUGCAAGUUGGCUUUUAAGGAUGGGGCUGUGCUGUCUGUGGGGGCUGAUGUCCAGUUCCGCAUCUGGGACCCAGUGUUGUCAGUGAUGACUGUGAAGGACCUGAACACAGACACACGCAUGACAGCCCAGAACACCGUGACCAAGGCCCUGCUCAGGAGGCCUCUGCGGAAGACCCAGAUGGAGAAGCUCAAGAUCAGCGACCAGCUCCUGCUGGAGAUCAACGAUGUGACCAGGGCCCAGGGGCUCAAGGUGGACCUCGUGGAGCUGGCAGUGGAGGCCGUGCUGCAGCCGCCCCGAGACAGCCCCCUCCAGCAGCCAGCUACCCGUCUGGGGGUGGGCGUGACCUCAGUGGCAGGAUGUACCCUUUCCCCGGGCCAAGACACCUUGGAGAUGGUGAGUGAAGUGGAGCUGCCUGCCCCUCACAUCGGUGCUGGGCCCAGCGUGAAGCAGCCUGUGGCCGAGGGGCUGCUGGCUACUCUGCAGCCCUACCUGUCUGAGACCCUGGUCAGCCAGGUCGGGGCCUGCUGCCAGUCCAAGGUCAUCCUGCCCAGUGGCUCCCAGAGCAUCUACUUCCUGGACCUCACUGCAGGUGCAGCUGCCCUCCCUGCCCUCUCUUUCCCACCCAGGUUGCUGGUAGCCCCGACCCUCUCCCCUGGGUCCUUUUUUAGACUAACGCCGCUCCCGAUAGCAGUUUAGGGUGAAGCCAUAGCAGUCAGGGGCGCAGACACCAUGUGCAGACACUGAUUGUCCUGGCUUUUAUCUCCCCACCCUGUCCUCACCAGCAGGACAACUCAGAUAGCCGAGCUGGCCCCAGGGGCCUACGUGAGUGGGCGGCUAAAGGUGAAGGGCGGCCUAGCAGUGGCCCUGAAACUGGAGGCUGCCCUCAGAACCCUGAAGUCGCAGCCUUGGCUGACCAUCUGUAGCCCAGCCCAGGCCUGGCACCAAGCCUGGCACCAAGCCAGGGGCAUCUUGAAGGAAGAGGCAUUGGGGCUACACCUCUGGGUGUUGAGUCCCUGAGAAGGUUCAGACCCAGCCAGGGGCCGGUGAGUGGAGGUUGAGUCGGGCUGCCCUGCCCUUCCCAGUCCCCUGCCAAGGACCCAGCCCUGAGCUGGGCACACAGCACAGUGACAGGAGCACCAGGCCUGUUCUGCUCCACCGCCUGUCCGAUCGGAGGGGCAGGGCCCGCAGAAACAGCCCGAUAGCAGCUGGUGUGGUCCCACUGUCAGGGGGCAAAGUAUGUGGCUCAGACUCCCAGAUCCAGAGUGUGGUUGGGGGAAGGGGGGCAUGGAGAGGAAAGUGACCACCAGGAAGAGGUCACUGCAGCCAGAGGGACCUGGGGAUCAGACAGGGCCCACGGUCCAGAUUGCAGUCCAGGCCCACGGGUCAGGAUGGGAGAGAGUGGAGUCUGCUCCUCCCUGGCCCUGAACGCCCCUUGCCUUACCUGACAGCUCGCUCCUACAUGCCUGCUGGGCCAGGCUGGGGCCGAGGGCAGCAUGAGGGGGGCCCUGCCCUUCCUGUGCUGCCUACCGCAGGUUUGAAAACUCACGUGCGUUGGGGAGCAGUAGGUGUGGUGUUGGGUGAUCCCCGGGCUGUUGCCCUCGAGUCAGUGGCCAGGGACCAGGGCCCGACAGGAUGACACAAACCUUCACGAUGCUCUUGAAUUGCCCACGAUCCUCUUUGUGCCAAGGGUCUCAAACCCUCUGAGGCAGGAGCUGGCACUCUGUUCCUCCUGAUAGAGAGGUGUGCCAGGAAAGGGGGUGUUGGGGCAUGAGGCCUGGCGGAGUCACCCCAUUCAGGAGAGCAGUCGGGGCUUGUCUGUGCCUCCCCUUCUCUUACACCUCGGCUCACCUUCUCCACCGGAUGGAGGGAAGGAAACAAGAAAACCUGUAGAGUCCUGGCCUGGAGACCUGGCCAGGCUUGCUGCUCCACUGAUCCAGCCCAGACCCCAGGUGGCCUGGAGGAGGGGUCUUUCACUUCUCCAGUCCUCGACUGAGUCUCACUUCUGGAAGAGGCUUGUGAAAAAGCCCCACAGGAACUUGAGCGCUCCCUUGAGAAACAGCCUCUGGCACCAGGCCUUCCUGUGAGACCUUAAAGGAAACCGAAACUCAGAGUCUCUGGGCAUGGAAAGGUCAGGGAAACUGAAACUUCCCCAGUCGUCUGUGGGCCCCGCUGCCGGCCAUGAAUACCCCUUCCAGGAAAUGGAGCGCAUGGGCUCAAGGGCCCCUGGGCUUCGAAGGACCAAGCAGAACUUACAGUCCCUACGGGAGGACCAGGGGCUUCCCGAGAGGGUGAUGCCUGAGAUUUGGAGCUACAGGAGCAGGUAUCAGCAGGGAGGAAAGAAAAACAGGGAAGCCCUGGCCGGUAGCUCAGUUGGUUAGAGCGUCCUCCCUGUACGCCAAGGCCGUGGGUUUGAUCCCACGGUAGGGCACAUACAGGAAUCAACCGAUGAGUGCAUACAUAAGUGGACCACACAUUGUUUUCCCCCUUUCUCU